CUAAUUUAAUAACAACACUGCCCCCACUUGAACCCUUAUGCCCUCAGACCAACAAAAUGGCAUCCUGCACAACCAUCCCUGUGACAAUCUCAAAGAAUAGCCAUGAUGGCCUACUACCAAAGGCCACGGCUAAAACCAUCAUCAGCACAUUCCUGCCCCGCGAAUGGCCGCAUGUGGACCCAGACACCCUCACAGUGACACGCACCACCGGAUACGCAAAUACAAACUGUAUAGUGGAGCGACCGAACACACCGGGCAAUACAACAUACUUGGAGCCAUUGAAGGUAUUCAUUAAGAUCCACGUUCCCUCCAAGCACGAAGAAGCGCAAUUAAGCUACGAGUACGGCCAAUCUGGCCAUGGCGCAAAUGUGCUUGGCUUUUUCCAAAGUGAGAAUGGCAUCUUUGGAAGGGUUGAUGAGUACUUGGAUGCACGUACCUUGGUACCACAAGACGUUGAAAAUACCGAGAUCCGCGCCGAGGUUGCGAGAGCUCUUGCCACCUUCCAUACUAUGAAAACGACCUUACUGAGGAAAAGUUCAGUCCAAACGUACUAUGAUACUGUCACCAGGGAGCUUGACAAGUAUCAUGGGAAGGAUAAGUUGAGGAGACUAGCUCAUGAAGGGGGUGUCUGUUUGGACCACCUCGUGGAUUAUGACUUUGUGUCUAGACUCCGAAGGGUUAUAGAUAAACUGGAAUCCAUCGGAGCGAAGGAGGGCUGGUGCAUCCAUGAUUUCCAAUUCAUGAACGUCUUGGUGAGGAACGAUCCCAAAGUGGGAGAAGGCAAAGUGGUUCUUAUCGACUUCGAAUUCGUCUUUCGCAACUACCGGGCGUUCGAUAUCGGUGCACACUUCCUGCAAAAGAUGUUCCAGUGGUUCAACGAGGAGAGCCAGAUAGCGGAUUGUCGACCUUACUCAGAGGAGGAAAAGAGGCACUUUUGUGCAGAGUAUGCAAGCCAGUGGAAUGAGAAAACAGGUGACUCGGAUACAAGAGAGGAGGUCUUUGAGGAGGCUGAGCUCGGGUAUAUGCUGGCUAUUACAUUCGAAAUCCACAAUAUGCUUUGCUUCAUGGAUCAGGAUGAUGACAAAGAUCCGUUGAAUCUUCUGUCGCUUGACAAGCUUUAUAAAGAGUUCACCGACCAAUAUGCGAAGCUCGGGUUGGGACGCUGA